AUGGAAAUGCAGGGGCUCUCCGAUGCCCAAAACAUUCACUCGCAACAUGGCGACGCACGCACAAAGACGCAGUCUGCUUUGGGACCAGUUAGUGGGGGAAUACAUCGUUUUCUUUCCCCGGAAAAUGAAGCGGAACUACGACUGGAAUCGCCUGAAUUUGGAAAUGACAACAGCAGAGUCAGAGCGAGGCUAUCCCCGCUUCGCCUACUGGCGGAGAACGGUAGCGAGGUGGCUUUUUCGCCUUUCAACAAGCUGCAACUCGGCGACAAAAACGGUGUUUUGGAUCGCGGACAGACCGAAGCACUCCGUAACGUGAACACGGAGCAAGAGGGCGAGAACAUUGAUAUCGUAAGCACGUCGAACUUUGGCAUUUCUGGCCAGAGAAGCGGAGCGGAGAACCUGGACUCGAUAAUGCAAAUGGCGCUGCUUACACCAGAAGGGGAAGAGGAACCGACGCGACAUCAGCGGCUAACAUUACCAAUGCCAGUUUUACUGCAUCCGCGUGGGAACGGAGCGCCCAAGCAGCCGUCGGUCGGCGGCCGUAACGACACCGGAGCGGAGGGAAAGGAAAGCAAAAACAACGCUCAAGAACUAUAUGUAGUUUUCAAUGUAUUUCAGGAGGAUAGAAAUGGCGACCGGCUGAGCUCGUCGUCUAAAAUUUGGGACAAAAUGAAAAGACGAGGACUUGAGAGCUCGAAAGCUACUAAUGUGGAGCUCGGAAACGCUGGUAAAGCUGUCGGCUGUUCCAACGAACUCCCGAAUCGGCUAGAUUCUCAAUGUUUGAAAAAACCGGAGGAGAUGGAUUAUUUGGUCGAGGGCUCUUCAGCCAAGGUAGGACCUAAGCAAGUGGACAAUUACCAUACUGUCGAAGACGCUGUUUUGGCGGACACGUACGACGAGGAGGUAUGUGCCCAGAUGUGUACCGAGACAAAUGAAGAAAAUGCAUUGCGAGACCUGUCGUUUCAGGAACGGAAUGAUGAUUUAAUUUCUACAAAUUUGGACAUUGUGGAAACUAUGGAGGCCUCGCAGUUAAUUUUAGACUCUGCUCAUGUGGAUGCAAACUCUACCAGUCUUUCCUCGGGUCUGCAAACAAAUGAAACAUUUUCUGGAACUCUUAUGAUAAACAAUCAAACCAUAAUAGUGACCAUAGAUAACGGAACCUUGACUUUGGCAGCUCCAACUGAAGAAUAUGUUCACAGAGAGGAUGAUUUGGUGAGUUUAAAAGAGCAUUUGGGAGUGAAGGAUCAUGAAGAUAUUGUUCUUCUCAACUAUGACAGUGGCACUAAAGCAAUUGGGAAGAUCAGUACAUUGGCAGUUUCCAGCCACCAGGAAGAGGCUGGAACAGAGUUGUCUGUAUGUGAUUCGGAGCUGUCUGUCAUGGACAAUAUAUCUUUGCCAAUGCUAAGCACCCCUGUAAACUCCUGUUCUAUUAUUAAGCAGGAGGCUGGUGUCUUGCAUGAAAUAACAGGGGCUGAGGUCACCUCAUCUCCGAAGCCUGCAAUAACAAACAAAGACUCUAAAUGUGGACGGCUGAUAAGGGCCAACAAAGUAAUAGCGGUUUCUUUUACCUGCCCAGAUACAGGGUGCUCGUGUACAUUUGACACGCGACAAAAAUUGAAGGUUCACCUUUUGAACCAUGCUGAAGACCCACGGCCCUACCAAUGCACAGUGGAAGGCUGUGGCUGGGCAUUUGCCACAGCCUACAAACUUAAGCGGCAUCUACAGUCACAUAAUAAGCAACGACCGCAUACCUGUCAUUUUGAAGGCUGUGGCCGUUGUUUCACCACAGUCUACAACCUUAAGGCUCAUACAAAAGUCCACGAGCAGGAGGAUGCCUUUAUCUGUGAGGUCUGCAACGAGAGGUUUCGCAGUGCAACGCGACUUGGCAAUCACCAGAGAGUCCACUUUGAACCACAGAGACCCCACAAGUGUGAAUUCCCAGGAUGCGAGAAAACUUUCAUCACCUUCAGUGCCCUCUACUCCCACAACCGCACUCACUUCAGAGAAACCGGACACUUCACCUGCACUUACCCAGGAUGUGGCAAGAUGUAUGAUAAAGCCUGUCGUCUGAAGAUCCAUUUGCGAAGUCAUACUGGUGAGAGGCCAUUUGUUUGUGACUCAGAAGGGUGUGGCUGGUCCUUUACAAGCAUGUCAAAAUUGCUUCGUCACAAACGAAAACAUGAUGAUGAUCGGCGCUUCGUCUGCACAGAGGAAGGUUGUGGCAAAUCCUUUACUCGGGCAGAGCACCUCAAAGGUCACAGUAUCACUCAUCUAGGCACUAAGCCCUUUCAGUGCCAUGUUGAAGGUUGCAAUGUUAAAUUUUCAGCUCGCAGCAGCCUCUACAUCCACACAAAGAAACAUAAGCAGGACACAAGCAUCCCUCGAACUCGAUGUCCUGUUGCCGACUGCUCAAAGCAGUUCUCUUCCCGCAGCACCCUUAGGAGUCACAUGCUUAAACAACACCAGCUUAGCCCUGAUGCAAUGACCCAGAUGGAGACCACACCCACCCUGACACCUAGCAGCGAACUGGUUAGCCCGAUUCCAGUCACAGUUUCUGGGUCAAGUAUUCCUGGAAGUGACCAACUGACUAACUUGGAUCUCAGCUCUCUUUUCUCAAAUGUGCCUGGAUCCAACACAUCACCCGCCGGUGUUGGUAUUCCUAUCAGUGGAAGCACCGCAAACUCCAAUGGCACUUUAACUAUGGACCUUUCCAUGGUCAGCUCAAGCAUCCUGACAAUAGACCAAUCUACAGUUGGCACAGCUCUUUGCACUUCAGACAGCAGCACAUUGGCCAGGCCCAUGGACCCUCUCAUUCUAACACCUAGUAUUGAAAUGGGUCCCCAUCACAGUUUGGGUAGCACAGUGGGGGAUGUUUUACCUCCUCAGGGCACCCUCAAUCUUGAUGAUGUGCAGAGUGUGACACCAGAGGCCUUGGGAGCACUUACAUCUCUUUCCAUGCAGGGUCCAAGUGCCCUUACAGAGCCCACACUUCAGCACCAACUCAGCUCCUCCAAUGCUCUUGUCGUAGAAAGUUCAGCUUCUGUUGCAGUUGCUCCUGUUGCAGAACUGAUAUCCUCAUCUGCGAAGAUGGUAGAGGGGGAACUGGACCGAGUCAGAGAAAAUCAAAAGGAGUCAAAUCCACGCCAUCGAGUGCUCGCCAUUGUGAAGGACCAGCACCUGCUUGUGGCGGCCUACUUCUGCGUGACUCUGUCUCCGGGACUCAAUUUGUCCAAAUUCAGCUAUUACAGCCGUAACCUACAACUAUCACUGGAGCGGUUCACGGCCGAACGUGAAGCGGUUGGGAUGAAGAUCAAUACCUCCAAAUCCGAGGCCAUGAUCCACAGUCGGAAAAAGGUUGCGUGCCCUUUCUGGGUCGUGGAUGAGAUCCUGCCCCAAGAUGACCCAGCCAGUGAUGGUGAUCUAGCCUUUCAGCUCAGCUCCCAACCCUCCGCCUCUCACUCUCAGCUUACCGUUGACCUUCCUGUCAACAUUUUACAGGAAACUACCGUAAUCACAGAGGAAAACAGUGGCUCUGACAACUCUCAAUUCACAGGAAGCACAAUUAACCUUCAAGACCUAGAGUGA